AUGGGUAAGCUGAUAGCCCUUGGUAUCUCACUCCUCCUUGUUGUUGGUACCGCCAUCAAUACUGCCGUCGGCCAUGAUACCGAUGGCUUCUCUGCCGGAGACAUUGCAAAGAAAGCUAUGUCAUCAACGGCAAUGAAAAAUGUUAAAGCAAUCUGUGCGCUAACCGACUUCGAGGAUGCUUGCAUUAAAACCCUUACCCCCGUCGCCAACAAUAAAAGUGCUACCCCUGAGGACUACCUCAAGGCCGCCUUUGAGGCCACCAACGGGGAGGUGGAAGCGGCAUUGGAAAAGUCCGGUGUCAUUGGUAAAGACGCCCAAGGCUCCAUUGAUAAGAUGGCAGUCGAGGAUUGCAAGGAGUUGUUGCAAUUUGCCAUCGACGACCUCCAAUCAGCCAUCUCCAUGGCGGGUGACCCUGAAAAGAACAAAGCAGCUGAUGUCACUGCAGAGUUCAAGAAUUGGUUGAGCGCUGUUGUGUCUUACCAAGAGUCGUGCAUUGAUGGAUUUGAACACCCAGAGUUGAAGAAUUCAAUGCAGAAUGGGCUCCUCAAUGCCACUCAGCUUACUAGCAACGCCCUCACCAUCAUCGGCCAGAUGUCUUCAAUACUCAAAGCCUUAAACAUCAACUUCGACUUCAACAUCAAAUCUCGGCGCCGACUCCUAGAUGCACAGGGUUACCCUACUUGGUUUGCACCAACAGACCGUAAGCUUUUAGCUUUGCAAGACAAUGGACGAGUGGCGCCUAACGCAGUGGUGGCCAAAGAUGGUAGUGGGCACUACAAGACAAUUGCUGAAGCACUUGCCGCAUACCCCAAGAAAAAAGGGUCUCAGAAAAAUGACUCUAGUACUUCUAGAUAUGUUAUAUAUGUGAAAGCCGGGACCUACGACGAGUACAUUACAAUCACCAAAGACCAGACUAAUAUUUUGAUGUAUGGAGAUGGGCCAACCAGUACAAUCAUCACUGGACACAAGAGCAACCGUGAGGGCAUCUCCACAUUUCAGACUGCUUCGUUCUCUGUUAUUGGAGAUGGAUUCAUCUGCAGGUCGAUGGGAUUCCAUAACACCGCCGGUCCAGAAGGGCACCAAGCAGUGGCGCUUCGUGUCCAAUCCGAUAGGGCGGCCUUCUUCAAUUGUAGAAUGGAUGGGUACCAAGACACCUUGUAUGUUCAGGCCCAUCGUCAAUUCUAUAAAAACUGUGCCAUUUCUGGUACCAUCGACUUCAUAUUCGGUGACUCGAGCACAGUGAUCCAAAAUUCUCUCAUCAUCGUUAGGAGGCCUCUGGACAACCAGCAAAACACAGUGACUGCACAAGGAAAGAAAUUCAAGGAUGAGAGCACUGGUUUGGUGCUCCAGAACUGCAAAAUCGUCCCAGAACAGAGGCUCGUUGCCGAAAGGUUGAAGAUCCCUUCAUACUUGGGCCGUCCGUGGAAAGAAUAUGCAGUGACGGUUAUCAUGGAAUCAACAAUUGGUGAUGUAAUCAGACCUGAAGGGUGGAUGCCAUGGGCAGGAGACUUUGCACUCGAUACUUUGUUCUAUGCCGAGUAUAACAACCGUGGUCCAGGUGCUAACACCGACCAUAGGGUCAAAUGGAAGGGUUUCAAGGUCAUCACCAAAAAAGAUGAGGCUCUUCGUUACACUGUUGGACCAUUCAUUCAAGGGGAUGAGUGGUUGAAAGACACUGGAUCACCUUUCACCCUUGGAUUGAGGUACUAAGUUGUGAAGCAAUCACUCGACAAAAGGCAGCAGAAUGGAAGAGAAUGCGAGACACAUGAGAUGUCUCAUAUUAUGUAUUAACAAGUAAAUUAAUUAACUUACAACUAAUGCCAGAG